AAGUGCAGAGUCCAGGAGAACAUGGACUGGAGCCUUUCUGAAUUCUGUUUUUUCCCCUUUUUCUUAACUUUCACUAAGGAAAUGAGGGUUACUAUAGUCUGAGGUUUCCUUCCCAAGGUCACAAAAUAUGACAAGCUGCAAUCUUUCUCACAUUCAAUGAUUUCUGCUGUAAGCCAAAGGACUGCCAAUAAUUUCGCUAAGAAUGUCUGCUAGUUUGGAUACUGGGGAUUUUCAAGAAUUUCUUAAGCAUGGACUUACAGCUAUUGCGUCUGCACCAGGAUCAGAGACUCGCCACUCCCCCAAACUUGAGGAUCAACUCCGAGAAAAACGUGCUGGGCUUCCGGACCGACACCGACGCCCCAUUCCCACCCGCAGUCGCCUUGUCAUGCUGCCCAAAGUGGAGACGGAAGCCCCAGGACUGGUCCGAUCGCAUGGGGAACAGGGGCAGAUGCGGGAAAACAUGCAAGCAUCUCAAUUUAAAAUGGUGGAUUACUCCUAUGAUGAAGAUCUGGAAGAGCUAUGUCCUGUGUGUGGCGAUAAAGUAUCAGGGUACCAUUACGGUCUCCUCACAUGCGAAAGCUGCAAGGGUUUUUUUAAGCGAACUGUCCAAAACCAAAAAAGGUACACGUGCAUAGAGAACCAGAAUUGCCAAAUUGACAAAACACAGAGAAAACGAUGUCCCUACUGUCGAUUCAAAAAAUGUAUCGAUGUUGGGAUGAAGCUGGAAGCUGUAAGAGCCGACCGCAUGCGAGGAGGCAGGAAUAAGUUCGGGCCGAUGUACAAGAGAGACAGGGCCUUGAAGCAACAGAAGAAAGCCCUCAUUCGAGCCAAUGGACUUAAGCUGGAAGCCAUGUCUCAGGUGAUCCAAGCAAUGCCCUCAGACCUGACCUCUGCAAUUCAGAACAUUCAUUCUGCCUCCAAAGGCCUACCUCUGAGCCAUGUGGCCUUGCCUCCGACAGACUAUGACAGAAGUCCCUUUGUCACAUCUCCCAUUAGCAUGACAAUGCCACCUCAUGGCAGCCUGCACGGUUACCAACCUUAUGGUCACUUUCCUAGUCGGGCCAUCAAGUCUGAGUACCCAGACCCCUACUCCAGCUCACCUGAGUNGAUGAUGGGCUACUCCUACAUGGAUGGUUACCAGACAAACUCUCCGGCCAGUAUUCCACACCUGAUACUGGAACUUUUGAAGUGUGAACCANAUGAGCCUCAAGUUCAAGCAAAGAUCAUGGCUUACCUCCAGCAAGAGCAGAAUAACCGAAACAGGCAGGAAAAGCUGAGCGCAUUUGGGCUUUUGUGCAAAAUGGCGGACCAGACCCUGUUCUCCAUUGUUGAGUGGGCCAGGAGUAGUAUCUUCUUCAGGGAACUGAAGGUUGACGACCAAAUGAAGCUGCUUCAGAACUGCUGGAGUGAGCUCUUGAUUCUCGAUCACAUUUACCGGCAAGUGGCACAUGGGAAGGAAGGGACAAUCUUCCUGGUUACUGGAGAACACGUGGACUACUCCACCAUCAUCUCAAACACCGAAGUCGCGUUCAACAACCUCCUGCGUCUCGCACAGGAGCUGGUGAUAAAGCUCCGGUCCCUCCAGUUCGAUCAGCGGGAGUUUGUAUGCCUCAAGUUCCUGGUGCUGUUCAGCUCGGAUGUCAAGAACCUUGAGAACUUCCAGCUGGUAGAAGGUGUCCAAGAGCAGGUGAACGCUGCCCUGCUGGACUACACAGUUUGCAACUACCCACAACAGACUGAGAAAUUUGGACAGCUACUUCUUCGGCUACCAGAAAUCCGGGCAAUCAGCAAGCAGGCAGAAGAUUACCUGUACUACAAGCACGUGAAUGGGGAUGUGCCCUAUAAUAACCUCCUCAUUGAGAUGCUGCAUGCCAAAAGAGCCUAAGUCCCCACCCCUGGAAGCUUGCUCUAGGAACACAGACUGGAAGGAGAAGAGGAGGAGGAGGAGGCGGAGGAUGACAGAAACACAAUACUCUNAACUGCUCCAAGCAAUGCUAAUUACAANCUUGGUUUAAAGACACUGAAUUUUAAAAGCAUAAUAAUUAAAUACUUAAUAGCAAAUAAAUGAUAUAUCAGGGUAUUUGUACUGCAAACUGUGAAUCAAAGGCUGUAUAUCCCCAAAGGANUCAUAUGAAAGACAUGGUAAUGGGGUGGAUUGAACUUACAGAUGGAGUCCAAUACCACAGCAGAAUAAAAANGGACAGAACAAUCCUUGUAUAUUUAAACAAAUCUGCUAUUAAGAAAUUCAGAAGUUGAUCUGUGUUAUUAAUUGGAUUUGUCCAGAAUUACUCCGUGGUGAUGCUGAACAACUCAAGAACACAUGGGCUGUGCCUUGACAGCCCCUCCCCCACCCCCACCCUCACCUCUGACCCGUAAGGCCCUACACCUUCUGACCUGUGAGCCCUGAAGCUAUUUUAAGGUCUUAUGUUCAGCCACGCCCAGUAGUAGNGCCACUAAGCCAUGAGUUCUGGAUGUCUGUGUCUUAGACCUGCCAACAGCUAAUAAGAACAAUGUAUAAAUAUGUCAGCUUGCAUUUUAACUAUGUUCUGAAGUUUGUUUUGUCGUGUGUUCGUAAUUAAAAAGAAAACAGUCAGCAGCCCUCUUCUGUAUAAGCAUUAGUUAAUAUUAAGGGAAAUCAAACAAAUCUAAGCCAAUACUCCCAACAAGCAAGUUAGAUCUCAUUUCUGCUGUUGUUGCUGAAAUGUGGCUUUGGCAUGGUUGGGUUUCAUAAAAAUUUUUGGCCAAGAGGCUUCUUAGUAUACAUCCAUCUGUUUAGUCAUCAAGGGUUGUAGUUCACUUAAAAAAAAAAUAAUAAACCAC